AUGGAGAUUAUCUUGCUGGUGAACAACUAUUUCAUGGUUACUUUCAAUUGUAUGGAGGACCGAAAUAGGGUUUUUGAAGGAGGCCCAUAUUUUUACAAUCAGGUGGGGCUGUUCAUCACACCUUGGCAUGCGGGGUUUAACCCUUUGGAGGAGCUCCCAAACAGGGUCCCUAUAUGGGUUCGGUUACCAUGUCUACCAGUGGAAUGUUGUCGAGAGGACGUGUUACGGAUGAUAGCAGCAUUGCUGGGGAAACCAGUGGGAUCUUCAUCGCAAACCUUAGGGAGAAUGUUAAUGACCUUUGCAUGCAUUUGUGUUGAAAUUGAUCUUAGUAAGCCAUUACCAGAUGCUGUAGAUAUGUGUGUGGGUUCUUACUCAUGGGUUCAACAGCUAGACUAUGAGACUUUACCCUUUCAUUGUCAUUUGUGUCAUGAGUAUGGACAUCUACAAUGUAAAUUCCCUAGAUAUAAACCAGUGGUACACCAACCUCAACACUCGGCCCAAGGUCAAGAUAGGGCUGAUAAAGGUAAAAGUGCUAUGGUGAUUGAUGUUGUGGGUGCUGAGGGUUUUGUUCCAGUUAAGACAAGGAACAAAAAUCAAGGCCAGAAGAGGUCCCUUCAGGAGAGAUAG